UACCUCGGAGUAACUGCACAUUUAAUCAGUGACACGUGGGAACUGAAGUCUUUUGCGCUGACUAUAUUAAAAACUGAGGAGCGUCAUUUUGCGGAGGCUUGUAAAGAACAGUUCCUGUCUGUUGCACGUGAGUGGGACAUCGAGGGCAAGACUACAACCAUUGGGACUGACAGUGCACGCAACAUGGUUGCCGCAAUUCGACUUACACGCUAUGAACACAUGAACUGUGUCGCUCACAUGGUGCAGAGAAGUGUCACAGUGAGUCUUGCUGACAGCGCCUUUGUAAAUGCUUUGGCCAAGGCUCGCAAAGUUGUCGGUCAUUUUAAGCACAGCCCAGCAAAUGCUGCGGAGCUUCAAGCACAACAAGUCAGCCUGGGAAAGAAGCAAGAGCCAUUGAUCCAGGAUGUUCCAACACGUUGGAAUUCGACGCUGGAAAUGGUCAAGCGCGUGAGCAGAAAUAAAGAGGCUGUCAUCGCAGCCCUGGACAAUCAGGAGCACAAACUCGUUUUGCCGACCGCAGCAGAGUGGGAUAAACUGCAGAGGCUGGAGACACUUCUAGAGCCAUGCAGGUAUGUAACUGAGCUCCUGGGUGGAGAGGCCUAUGUCUCCUGUUCUGUGGUACUACCUUCUCUCUGCCACUUGCGUCUCAAGAUGGAAGCCUGUGAUGAGGACCCUGCAUAUGUGGUGAGAUUCAAGACCAAGUUCAAGGAGGACCUAGCAUCCCCGACUGAGGACACCCGGGCUCUGUGA